AUGUCUGAUUUUCGUCCUCUUGAGUUCACCCCUGGAGAGCUUCCAAAUGCAAUCUACUCGGAGGACGCAGCAUAUAUUGAUGACUUGAUUUCUGAUAUCAUGCUUCAAGCCCCGAGUCUGGACUCGGACAUCACAGCCUGUGGUGUUGUCACAAUCUCGAUAAAGAGUUCUCCGGGUCCUCCACCCCAAAUUGAGAUUGUGCAAAUUCGAAGCUCGACAAGAGCUCAUACAUUCAAGAUCUCCGCAUUCAAGUUGCGCCCGAACUUACUUCCUGCCCUUCGCUCUCUUCUGACGUCCGACUCAAUCAUCAAAGUCGGCUAUCAGAUCCAGCACAUCCUUUCUACCUUGCUUGCGAUGCUACUGGUGCCAACUCAAGCACCACCAUCGCGCAUGAUUGAUCUCGGCGAGUUUGCGAGACUCACCGGUGUUGUCGAGGACCCAAACAGUCCGCUGGAUGUUCUCAUCGGCACAGCUUUGCGCAGGUCAUAUGAGCCCUUGGAGAUCACAGCAGAGAAAUGGGAAUCCCCCUGUUCUUCCGACGAUAUUGAGGCUCUCCACCUUGACAUAGAUGGUCUCUGGCAGCUUUGGAGUUUUAUCUCCUCCCGAGAACCCGUUGGCUUGCAGCUCGAGCCGGAUCAGUGCGUGCCAGGGACCGCAGUCAGUCUCGUUCAGGGCAAAAAACAUGUUGCCCGUGGCUUCAUUGCUGUAUCCUCUGACGCCCAUCUCAAUGUGCCAGCAGCCGAUGGAACAAAUAAUACUCUUCGCAUUGCUAUCACUGCCAGUCGGUGCUUGAUCCGGAUCACAGAAGUUCUGAUUCCUGGCGCCAUUCAUCGACUUCAUCGGUCGACGAUUGAAUUCAUUCAUCAGAACGGCGGGCUUGCUGUUGUCGCCCGGAGCCAGCUACGUUCGCGCACUGUAACUGUUCCCCUACCCGGCCAAACGACAUUCGGAUUUUCCCAGCCUGGACCACCGAGUUCUGCACUGGAAGGCGACCAUUCCAAUUUUGAGAUCUCAUAUGAGCCGGGCUCAGAAAUUCAGUUCGAUUUCUGGUCUCCAUCCCAAGAGGAUACUUUUAUGUUUGAAGAUGAGGACGACGAGAAUGAUGAAGAUGAAAAUGAGUUACCGGACAACGAUGGCAAUCCUGGCCAAUCCUCUGAGAAUCGAACCACAUUCUCAAGCCGUGUUCUCGAUGACGCCUUCCAUUUCAUGGACCGUUUGAUUCGACUGCUUUCCAAGAAGCAUUCCGCUUUCAAACACUUCUGCUGGGAUUUUAGUGCUGCCAUCUUCAUCCGCGACCGCGAGGAUCUUGCAAAAGUCCGUGCAGCGCUCGAGAAGCGAGGAAUAAACUGGGAAUAUGCUCUUCGUGCCAUGUCGGAUGCACUGAAUCGCCGUAUCCGACGGUUCAUCCCAGAUCGAGACACCCUGUACAAACGACUCUUGAUUCUAUUCCGGAGUUAUCAAGACAUCAUCUGCUCGACACAGAAAGCAGGUUCACAGAACGUUUUCUUCCCGCCGGUGGCAAAAGAAAUGGCUGACCGUCUUCUCGAAACCGCGCGCCUGGGAUUCCUGUCCGACCCGCCCAACAUUCCGCUCUACUAUAUCAUGGGAACCGAUCGCGAUGGGUUGACCGUCUAUCGCACUGUCCGCGGCACCAACUCCGUUGAGGGCGGUGUUCAUAUGGCUGUUCGACGUAUUUUUGGCUCCCUUCGAGCAUCGCCAGAGUUGGCAGAGUCCAUCUACUGCUAUUGGAUAUUCAGACGCAAUCAGUCGGUUGGACACCAUAACCGCACCGGUACCAAGUUCCGCUCGCAUUAUGAUCUGUGGGUCACAGACGAAACCGUUGAGAUUGCCUCGCAUCUCAAUGUCGACCCCUCAUUCAAGCCUCCCGCCAUCCUUUCCACUCGAAUCGCUACCUCGGAGACAUCUGGCAUUGUGCCUUUCGACAAAUCACUGGCUGCAGACCUGGGAAUUGUGACGCUGCCCAAUGUUCGUGUCGAAGGUGUCCCCGAAUACCAUGAUCUUCCCGUCCAUGCACUCAUGCGCCUAUUCACGCGCCGCACAAAUGUGUAUCUGCAUCUCCAAACCCGGCUGCAGACAUUGUAUCCUGUUACCCCCGUCAUAACUCAUGCAGAGUUCAUCUAUUUCAACGAGGAGAUCAAGAAUCCGAAGCACAAGAAGAAGACUCGCCAGCAGUAUCCUCCUCAUGAGGCCUAUAAAGCAAUUGAUUAUAACUCCGUCGCGUGGUCAUUCAACGGUGCUGUUGGAGCUCAAGAUCAGGCGAUCAUCGAACCAGAACGUCGGAUGUAUUACAAGCAUCCCAGCCAACUGGAGGCGCAUCACAAGAAGGUGAUACUCUGGAAGUUGGAGCGGACAACCCUCUUCAUGGGUGACAAUGCUCUGGCCCUGAAAGCGUUUAGCGACAUUCUCAAUUCAGACGCGAAUACGGUCUCAACCCUCACUGCUCUUCCGCUCUCGAGCACCGUCGAUGAUACCGAAAAGACAGUUGAGCAGCUCGCUCUCGAGACAGAGCAUGCCAGUGCGCAAAACUCUGCUGCCGAUAAGUAUGCUUCGGGAUCAAGUGUGGUCACUGACGAGCAGUCCGCAUCCGCCAAUCAGGACCCCUCUCAUCCAGACCCAAACGGCACAGACUCACAGGACGAUCCCAUGGAUGUCGACGAGCCAACAGGUCCUGACCCAGCUACCAUCGCAUUUGAACAGCCUCCGCCCCCGCCAGCGCAGCCCCCGGCGCCCCCGCCCCCGCCGGCGCAGCCCGUACAUGUCGUCCAACAGCAAAUGUCGUUUAGAGAAGGUGCUUUCGAGCUGGUGACGGGGAACGUGGUUGCUGGUUCAAGCAGUGGCCGGUCGAGGAAGCGUUGCGCGCGAUGCAUAGCUCAAAUGUGCCCAAAACGUGCGAUCUGUGCCGGGGUUGCAAAUCGUCAGCGCUGCAGCUGUGCCCACCCUGAUGUACCGGGAAGCAAACGCGUCCGUGUGUCCGAAGAGGCGAUUCGGAAACACUUGCACGCAAACGGUAUUCGUGAUUAUUCCGUCGACUAG